AUGAAGAUUUCUUUCUUGUUUUUUGCUAGAAGUCGUGAGCUAGCAGGCACAGAUACAUAUGAUGUUGAAUUGGCAGACGGUGCUUCCACCCAAGAUGCCCUGCAAGCGGUACUGAAGAAGUUUCCAGGCCUCAGUGAGAUAGAAGGGAGGUGUGUCCUGGCCCUCAACCAGGAGUAUGUAGACAGCGACAGUGUCAAGCCCCUGAAGGACGGAGAUGAGGUCGCCCUCAUCCCACCAAUCAGUGGAGGCUGA